UGUAAACAGCAGAGCACACGUUUUCCGUUUGGAAGAAACACCGGGACCGAGAAACAUGUCGGAUGUCGGUUCUGAUGAGUUUGAUGAUGAACGCGGGAAACUCGGGGAGUAUGACGGGGGGAGGAACGAAGCCGGAGAGAGGCACGGAGCCGGGAGGGCGGUCCUGCCCAACGGGGACGUUUACCAGGGCGGCUACGAGAGCGGCAAGAGGCACGGACAGGGGACAUAUAGCUUCAAGAAUGGGGCGAGAUAUGUUGGAGACUACCACCAGAACAUGAAACAUGGACAGGGCACCUUCUACUAUCCCGAUGGCUCUAAAUACGAAGGUUUGUGGGUUGAGGACCUGAGACAGGGUCAUGGUUUCUACACCUACCCCAAUGGAGACGCUUACAAGGGAGAGUGGCUUCACCAUGUGAGGCAUGGUCAGGGCAUUUACCACUACCACAAAACUGGCUCCAAGUACAAGGGCUCAUGGGUAAAUGGCAAGAAGGAGUCGGCUGGAGAGUACAUCCACUCUGACAACAGAUACUCUGGUAACUUUGUCAACAAUAAUCCGUACGGCCCAGGGAAGUACGUGUUCGCUGGCUGUGAGCAGCACGGGGAAUACCGGCACACUGAGCAGGACCGAGCUGAGAGGGAGUGGGAUGAGUCGGCCUCAUCUGCCAUCCUCAAGUGGAUCCCCAAGUGUGUUUCUGACUUGACGCUGUAGACAGGCACACACACCUCAUGUGCAGAAAAGGACCCGGCGGAGAACUGACAUGUCUGGUCAAUCCUCAAACAUAUAUAUAUUAAUACAUUUGUAAACGAGCCGUGUCUUUUUCCAUGAAGGUGUUCAGUAGAAGCAGCAGGAAACGUUCCAUCACAUAAUGCGUCUGGC